AUGGACGGAGCUCGAUCGCGAUUGCGUGAGUGCGAAGGUUGCUCUAAUUCAAAUCCACCGUCUGAACCGUGGGUCUAUGGAAAAUGGGAAUUCGGAGAAUAUUAUUAUGCUGGGAAAGUACACUCCAGAGAAAAUACCUCAUGCUGUCGCAUUGUUUUCGACGACGGGCAAAGAGCAAUUGUCAAAGAAGCCGAUAUUAUUCCGGUGUAUUUGCUGCCUAUUGGUGCUAAAGUUAGUGCUCAAAUAAAGAAUGAUAAUGCGUAUUGGGGUAAUUGUGUUAUCCAGGCUCACCUGAGUGAUCCCGACAGUCCAUAUGAGAUUUUCUGCCGUACUACAAAUGAAGUUUAUCGCUUACGAAGACGUCAAGUGUCCAUCAAUGAGACGGAGGUGAAAAACUUGAGAUCUCAAAAGCUUCUACCCAGCAAUCAUGUUGAUCCAUUGGUAUCCCCGCAUUGUGAUUCUGAGGUCUUAAGGACAAAUGUGGGCCUGUCAAAUAGUGAAGAGAACAGGAAGCGGAGACGAAAGCCGAAAGAUUUCGGCGCAGACUGGAUUAUACCGGGGAAUCCCAGAAAACGCGUCAAGUCAGACUGUAUCAGAGUCAAUGACAAUAAUGAUCUGGCAGGAAGACUGGAAGGUGAUGAAAUUGUCAGAGGCAAUGAUAUUAAUGAAGAGACACGAAGGCAACUCCCCCCCACUGGUGAAAUUGUGGGCCUGUCAAAUAGUGAAGAGAACAGGAAGCGGAGACGAAAGCCGAAAGAUUUCGGCGCAGACUGGAUUAUACCGGGGAAUCCCAGAAAACGCGUCAAGUCAGACUGUAUCAGAGUCAAUGACAAUAAUGAUCUGGCAGGAAGACUGGAAGGUGAUGAAAUU